AUGAGAUUGCCCAAAGAAGAUGGUCAAGAUGAUCCCCAACAGCCAUCAGACCAACUGAAUCAACAACAAGGAGAAAGAACAGCAAUGUCGUUCUCAACCAUCCUGGAAGCCCUCAGCCAUCAUGCAACGGAGACUCCUGAUAAGGUUGUCUUCAUCUGGGUGGACAAGAAGUGUGAGGAACAGAACAAGAUGACAUUCAAGCAGUUGGAGGAUGCAUCCAAUGCUGUGGCAGCUCGUCUCCUCAAGCUGGGAUGUCAAAAGGGAGACCGGGUCAUGGUGGCAUAUCCCUUUGGCCUGGAGUUCUUGGCUGGAAUGUUUGGUGCCAUGAAAAUCGGAGUCAUCCCUUGUUCUAUCUAUCCACCCAAUCCAAAUCAGCUCAAAACAGAAAUGCCAAAAUUCCAUGGCUUUGCAGAAGAUGCUGGAGCCAAAUUUGCUCUCUCGACUAACAUGUUUGCUACUGGGAUGGCAGCAGCUAGUAUCAUUUACAAAACAGGUGUCAAGUGGAUUGGGACCGACAAACUCUCAAUCAAAAAGAGGAAUUCAAAAAAGCAAGACUAUUAUGUGGCAUACAUGGGAGAACCAAAUGAUAUCUGUUUCAUCCAGUACACCUCCGGCAGCACUGAAAAUUGCAGGGAAAUUGGUGCUUCAAUCAACUUGACUCCAACGUCAUUGACUGCGUCAUGGGUACCUCAAUAUCAUGACAUGGGACUUUCAAUUGUGGGAGUGGCUACAACCCUAGCUGUGAAGCCUGAGAAUAUUUACAAUCUCUAUGGCCUUGCCGAGUCAGUGGUGUGGCUCACAGGAGGACCUGCAGUCCCCGACACCGAAGACCUUGUAUGCUGUGGAAAGGUAGACUCCCCAACCUUAAAGAUUCGCAUUGUCCAGGAUGGAAAAGAGGUGGAGGAGGGACAGGUUGGAACCAUCUGGGUCCAGUCACCCCGUGUUGCUGCUGGAUACUUUGGCCAGCCAGAGCUGACCAGAUCCACAUUUUCAAAUGUCCUCCCCAAUUAUAAUGGAACCUGGCUUGACACUGGUGAUUUGGGCAAGGUGGUUGAUGGGCAGCUCUAUGUCACCGGCAGAGUCAAAGAUGUCAUCAUCGUCACUGGCAAGAACUACUACCCAACAGAUGUGGAGCUUUCUGUUGAUGCAACAUUUGGGCAUAUUGUUCGUCCAGGAAGAACAACUGCCUUUCAGUACAGAGAAGACAGUAUUGGCAUUACUGCCGAGCCAAGAAAGGAUUUUGACAAGUCAGCAAACAAAGAUUUGGCUGUUCAGAUCGCUAACCAUGUCUCCCAAACACAUGGGCUGUUUGUCUCGGAGGUUGUUGUUCUGAAACCGGCUGUGACUCCAAAGACAACAUCAGGCAAGCUGAAGAGGAGUGAGGUUAGGCAAACGACUGUUGCUGGUGAUUGGAAGCCAUCUACUGUGAUCCUAAGGUUUGAGCGACAUGAUGGUGCCAAUAUAGUGGAAACAGAAAGGGUCCCGGAGAAGAGGUCUAAAAGGAACCUGAUGGAACAAACUUGCAGUGGCAUCACAGAGGCAACAGAUUCUGAAUCCUCGGAACGGUUGAAUCCAUUUGAGCCUCACUCUACAAAUUCAUCCAAGGACUUCCAAAGCUUGGUCAUCUCCAUCUUUGGUUCAGAGGUUGACACAUCGAGGUCAUGGGCUGAGAAUGGAAUGACAUCACUCAAGAGUGCUGAGCUGAGGAACAGUGUGGAGGAGGAGUUCCAUGUAGUGCUUCCAGUGAACUUUGAACAACUCUAUACAACACCCAUGGAGCUCCAAGAGUUCCUGGCCUCAUCUGAGGGAAAGUGCUUUCCUAAGCAAAAUCUCCAUGAUGACCCUGACUUUCCAAGCAACUCAUCUGUAUCUACGCUGAGCACAGUACAACUUGGAGUUAUCCAAGCCAUUGGAUCAACUCUGAUCCUUCUCUUAGUCUUGAUCUCAGCUGUUCCUUCCUACUUCCUGGUAUCCUGGAUACUGGACCAAUGUGCCAAGGAUGAAGAUGAAGAGUGCCAGAUAAUUUGGGGCCUGAUGCCCUUGACCUUUCCUCUCUUUCUCCUAUCAUUCUCAUUGGUUGUGGUGCUAUUCAAGGUCAUUGUUGUUUGGACGUAUGAACCAAGGCAACAUUGUUUCCUAUCAUGGGAAUACAUCCGUUGGUGGUUUGUGGACAGACUUGUGGAAGUCUGGGAAUCUUUUGUUGGACAAUUCCUUCUGGAAACCAAGUACAUUUGGAUCUUCUACUGGCUGCUUGGUGCUGACUUGGCUUGGUCUGCCAAGAUUGAAUCCUAUAUCCGUGAAUUUGACCUGGUGAAGGUGGGCAGCAGUGCAACGAUUGCACAUCCUUUGAAGUGCAGAAAAUUCUCCCAGUCAAGCGAGGAGGAAAGCCCCAAAAUGAUAUUCUAUCCCAUUGUUGUUGGAAAGAACUGCAAGGUCUCUGGCAUGAUUGGCCCUGGGGCCAAGAUUGGAGAUGGCAGCAAGGUGGAGAAACUCUCUGCCGUUGAAGAGGGGGCCUUGGUACCAAAUGCUGUGGUUGCCAGGGGGAGCCCAGCUUAUAACGCUGGCCCAUUUGAGCAGCAUCAAGAAUCAAACUUUUUCGCAGAGUCAGUGUUGGAUGUCUUCAAGAUGGUCUGGGCAAUCUCUGAGGCAUACAACUUUUUUGCACUAUCCUCCUUGGUCCAUUUUUCACUCAGCAGUGUCCUGCCCUCAUGGAGAUAUGGUGGUAUUCUUCAUUGGCUCCUCUUGUUUCCAUUGACAUCCUUCCUUGCUCUCCUCGUAAGUAUUGCCCUCAAAUGGCUUCUGAUUGGUAAACGAGAUCCAUCAGAUGAAUAUGAAGAUUCAUACUACCGCCGGGCAACAAAUUGGGCUUGUGACUUCCACUUCCGCGCGGCUACUUGGGCUCUUGCUCCUUUCUUUGGCCAGUCCAGACUCUGGACCGUCAUCCUUUACCUUCAUGGCCUGGAUGUUGAUAUUGAAUCAAACCUCAACAACCCAUACGUCGUCUUCUUCCCUUCCAAGGUUGAUUUUGUGAAGGUCCGCAAAUCAUUUGUUGCAACCAUUUUUCUAGACUUUAGCAAAUGUGGGGACUCCAAGAUUGAGAUCAUCAACAGCAGCAUUGGAUAUAAUGUCAAUCUCCAUGCUGGUGUCAAGAUAAUGAAAUCAAUGAUCCCACCAAGAUCUGACGUGCCUGACAGUGUGUACAACUUGAACCAGUCCAGCAAGGCACGGAAGCCUAGUUUGAUUAUGGAUUUGUUCCUUCCAGAAGUGUUGCAGCUUCUUCUCAAUGUGGUGAUUUUUGCCUUUUUCAUUCCUACCUAUGAGAUUGGCCUUGCUGUCACACAAAGUUCUUCCGUUGCCACAACUGUGUGUGGGCUUGCUGCCGCCUUUGUCCUUCAACUGUCCCUGUGGGUUCUUUUGACCCGACUUGUUGAAAGGUUGCUGUUGAUCCUUCCAGGUCGUGCUCAGCAGAGUUUCUUUGGCAUCUACAUCAACCAUGUUUGGUUAUUCAAUGUGGGGAAUUGGCUUGUUUUGCUUCUCUAUGGAACACCCAUGUUUGUGUACUAUGCUCGCAUGAUGGGAGCUGAGGUGGAUGGUGACCUCUGGUACUUUGGAAAUGCUCUCUAUGAGUACAGCAAGCUUCACUUCAAAGGCAGUGUCAUUGUGGACAGCUCCAGCUUGAAUGGUCAUUACAUUGAUUGCAAUGGGCUCACCAUUGAUGAUACUUAUGUGUCAGGCCUGAUUCAUCCUGGAUGCUUCGCUGUGGCUGGAGCAGCAGUCUCUGGGCCUGAAACUGGUCCAUGGAAAGUAUUCCUCAGAACUGAUGACAACGAAGAUUCUGUGGAUGUUGAGUGGGGGAGUGAAGGUAGUUCCCAGGAAAUCCUUGAGGGCUAA